AUGAAGGCCUUCAUCUUCCUCGCUCUUCUGGGAGCUGCUGUUGCUUUCCCUACUGAUGAUGAUGACAAGAUUGUCGGGGGCUACACCUGCGAAGAGAAUUCUGCUCCCUACCAGGUGUCCCUGAACGCUGGCUACCACUUCUGCGGUGGCUCUCUCAUCAAUGACCAGUGGGUUGUGUCCGCUGCUCACUGCUACAAGUCCCGAAUCCAGGUGCGUCUGGGAGAACACAACAUUGAGGUCCUUGAGGGCAAUGAGCAGUUCAUUGACUCUGCCAAGGUCAUCCGCCACCCCAAUUACAACGCCUACAACAUCGACAAUGACAUCAUGCUGAUUAAACUGAACGCCCCCGCUACCAUCAGCUCUCGAGUGUCCACCAUCUCCCUGCCAAGGUCUUGC